UCCUGAUUAUGAUCCGGUUGUUGAGGAACAGCCACAUAAAAUGUCUUAUCUGUUUACCUGUUUCUUAACCAAGACUCGCUGAUCAGAGGCAUCCGCUGUGUUUAUUUUGGAAGAGUCUUGUAAAAUGUUUCAGCUUCUUGAGGUGUUGAGAAGAGAUGGAUCUUUCCACCGUGCAGAACUCGGAGUUUGCAGGGGUUGUGUUGGAAUACGCGGAACGCACCGAUGCCGACAAACAGCUUCACUACCGGGUGGAACCGCGUCUGAUCCGUACGGUCUCCGCCGAUAGAUCCUGUGCAAACGUGAUUUUGGCCCCGUCUUGCAUAAUAUCUCUUUUCCUUGCCUCUCGGUACACAAAUUCCUUCUCCGGGAACUUUAAGAAGCGAAUCAGAACCGCUCUGCCCUGGUUUGGUUUCCCAGAGGCUGUGUGCGGUGAACCCGUUCCAGUGUGAAUGACUUGUCCGGUGCGAGUUCCAGCCACUUCGGUAGCAUGUUGCUAAUAAAGUCGAAAAGCGACUGUCUUCCUUCUGCUCCUUCUCGGAUGCCAAAGACACGCAGGUUCUUUCGCCUUCCUCGGUUCUCCAGGUCAUCCGUUUUGGCCUCAAGGAGCAGGAUUCGUUUCAUAGCUGAAGUCAAAGAUGUUUCUGCUUUUUCAAGUGAGCCUUUUACUUCGGCAAUGCGGGCCUCAGCCUCCUCCAUAUGAGCCGCCUGGUUUAAUAGGUCCUGUUUAACCUCAGACACUUUAGCCUCCAGUGCAGUCAUAGCGCUCGCCAUUCCAGUCAGUCUUUCAUCUAUACUAUCCAGCUUAACUCCAAAGUCCGACUGGAGUGACUUUAGCUCCUCCAAUACUUCAGCUAUGCUAGCCAUAUUAGCUUCUUCACCGCAGUUCAACUCGGUGCUGUUUUAGAGGUUGUCUUGCGUCUUUUUGAGAAAAUUUCGCACUGUUUCACAGACGAAGCUUUAGACAUAUCAGUGUUGUAUCUUUUGAGCCUUCUUUACUGCUUUUGCAAGAGUUUUAAGAGAAAAUUCGGAACACCUUCCCUGGAGCUGUUCACUGUGCUGCCAUCUCGAUCUCGGUCACGUGACCCCUCCCCUUUUUCUCUUUCUAUUGAUGACACUGGAUCAACUCCGAUUCUCUCCACUGACCCUCCCUUCCUCAUGUCCUUGGCGUAAGGGAGGAGUGAACUAUUGCAUCAGGUAGUCGGAUCUGCCCGUCGUCUCCAUCUAAAUCUAAUGAUUAUUGAAGGACAAUACAGCAUAAAGACUUCAUAAUCUGUACUCUUUUGGUUGAACAUACUUUUUAUUUGCACUUUGUUUAGUUUUGAUUGAAAUGCAUUUUUUCUUAACAAAGACUGAGAGUCCAUUUUAUUUUUAUUUUUGGUUGUUUUAUUUUGUUCCACUUCCAGUGUUAAGUGUUCUUUUAAAAGUAAAGUGCAUUUAUUUUUGGCAGAAUGUGCUUGCAUUAUUACAUCGUUACCAUUACAUAAGUUUAAAAUGGCCUUCAAACAAUGUUAUCGUUUAUUGCAAUAAUUUUUGAGACAAUCGCUCAGCAAAAUUUAUCAUGACAGGCCUAGUGCACAUCUUUUGUUGUAUUUGUCACCCAUGGAGGUCGCCAUUUUUUCACCGAUGGGUUGAUGACGUCAUCAGGUCCAAUCUGUACUGGAGUCUACAGAGUAAACACAGGAAAGCUAACUUUACCCCAGUAGUUGUUGAUCAUAUUGCGUUUGAUUGGUGUAAUUUUAGAUAACGUCACACUGUGUUACUAUCGACUGUGAUAAAAAAAUAAAAAUCUGUGGCGAAUCUGGAUAAUUUCCCACAUGAAAGAAAGGAGAGCGAAGGCGAGAGCCGGAGAGGAACAACAACGAAGGACCUCAUCUGGACCCUGGACAUUUCUCCACAGCACUUUGAGCCAUAUAUACCAGCAGAACCAAUGAAGGCUCUAACAGGUGAUUGUUACCUUAAAAAUUAAUGCCGUGCUGAGACGGGCAGAGCUGGACGCUCUUUGAGAUGCUAUCAGGAGCUAUACUGCCUGGGUACUGACGUCACCGAUCCGACCGGACCCAUGGAGGUCCGGGUCAGUGGUAAAAUUUGGUGUCGCUGUUACACAGCGUCUCAAACCGGACAGAGCGCUACAGAUGCUGGGAGAAACGUCAAAGGCAAGCAGCGCUAACGGAGCUAUUACUGCCGGAAAUGCUAACGGAGCUAUUACUGCCGGAAAUGCUAACGAUGCUAUUACUGCCAGAAAUGCUAACGGAGCUAUUACUGCCAGAAAUGCUAACAAUGCUAUUACUGCCAGAAAUGCUAACGAUGCUAUUACUGCCAGAAAUGCUAACGGAGCUAUUACUGCCAGAAAUGCUAACAAUGCUAUUACUGCCAGAAAUGCUAACGAUGCUAUUACUGCCGGAAAUGCUAACCAUGCUAUUACUGCCGGAAAUGCUAACGGAGCUAUUACUGCCGGAAAUGCUAACGAUGCUAUUACUGCCGGAAAUGCUAACGGAGCUAUUACUGCCGGAAAUGCAAACGAUGCUAUUACUGCCGGAAAUGCUAACGAUGCUAUUACUGCCGGGAAUGCUAACGAAGCUAUUACUGCCGGAACUGCUAACGAUGCUAUUACUGCCAGAAAUGCUAACGGAGCUAUUACUGCCAGAAAUGCUAACGGAGCUAUUACUGCCAGAAAUGCUAACAAUGCUAUUACUGCCAGAAAUGCUAACCAUGCUAUUACUGCCGGAAAUGCUAACCAUGCUAUUACUGCCGGAAAUGCUAACGGAGCUAUUACUGCCGGAAAUGCUAACGAUGCUAUUACUGCCGGAAAUGCUAACGGAGCUAUUACUGCCGGAAAUGCAAACGAUGCUAUUACUGCCGGAAAUGCUAACGAUGCUAUUACUGCCGGGAAUGCUAACGAAGCUAUUACUGCCGGAACUGCUAACGAUGCUAUUACUGCCGGAAAUGCUAACGGAGCUAUUACUGCCAGAAAUGCUAACGGAGCUAUUACUGCCAGAAAUGCUAACGAUGCUAUUACUGCCGGAAAUGCUAACGAUGCUAUUACUGCCGGAAAUGCUAACGAUGCUAUUACUGCCUGAAAAUACUAAUGGAGCUAUUACUACUUGAAAUGCUAACGGAGCUAUUACCGCUGGGAAUGCUAACAGAGCUAUUACCGCUGGGAAUGCUAACGGAGCUAUUACCGCUGGGAAUGCUAACAGAGCUAAACAGUACUGAAUGUGAAACCACCACCAGUAACAGCUGUUGCCGAACCGGACACAGAGCUAUAGUUCUUACCGGACCACACAGUGACCAGGUGAGUCUCAUUCAUUGUUUCAUUAUGAACCUGAAGGCAGCAGCAGCUACAGCCAACUCUUCCUCUUCCUCUGUUUGCUCCUCCUCUUAAACACCUCUUGUUAUUUCUAGUUCUGAUCGGUUUCAAUGCGCUCCGGUUCAAAUUAAAAAGGCUUAAUGUUACUCAUCACUGUUCUAGAUGGAGGAGCCAUUACACGUCAUUUACCCAGAAUGCAUUGCAGCGUGAACAAGAUGGCGACAUUCCUGUGACAAUAUUUUAUUAAAAUUUAUAAAAACUAGGGCGUGCCGUGGUGGCGUAGUGGUUAGUGCGACCCACAUU